AUGUUCUAUCUAUGUCUAUAUCUGUAUUCAUUUCUUUCUGUGUCUCUUUGCUUCUGUCUCUUUCUGUCUGUCUCUGUCUCUAUCUCUCUCUCUCUCGUUCAGUUCUUCUUUCUCUUUAUUCUAAACCGUCUGUUUCUCGUGCACACGCAUUUUGAUUCUCUCUUUUCUUUCCCUCUCCUCCUCCUAUCCAUAUUGUUCUUUGUUUCUCUCAUUUCUUUUUGUUUUCUUUCCCUCUCCUCCUCCUAUCCAUAUUGUUCUUUGUUUCUCUCAUUUCUUUUGUUUUCUUUCCCUCUCCUCCUCCUAUCCAUAUUGUUCUUUGUUUCUCUCAUUUCUUUUGUUUUUUUCCUCUCCUCCUCCCAUCCAUAUUGUUCUUUGUUUCUCUCAUUUUUUUGUUUUCUUUCCUCUCCUCCUCCUAUCCAUAUUGUUCUUUGUUUCUCUCAUUUUUUUUUUUGUUUUCCCUCUCCUCCUCCUAUCCAUAUUGUUCUUUUUGUUUCUCUCAUUUCUUUUGUUUUCUUUCCCUCUCCUCCUCCUAUCCAUAUUGUUCUUUGUUUCUCUCAUUUCUUUUUGUUUUCUUUCCCUCUCCUCCUCCUAUCCAUAUUGUUCUUUGUUUCUCUCAUUUCUUUUUGUUUUCUUUCCCUCUCCUCCUCCUAUCCAUAUUGUUCUUUGUUUCUCUCAUUUCUUUUUGUUUUCUUUCCCUCUCCUCCUCCUAUCCAUAUUGUUCUUUGUUUCUCUCAUUUCUUUUUUGUUUUCUUUCCCUCUCCUCCUCCCUAUCCAUAUUGUUCUUUGUUUCUCUCAUUUCUUUUUGUUUUCUUUCCCUCUCCUCCUCCUAUCCAUAUUGUUCUUUGUUUCUCUCAUUUCUUUUUGUUUUCUUUCCCUCUCCUCCUCCUAUCCAUAUUGUUCUUUGUUUCUCUCAUUUCUUUUUGUUUUCUUUCCCUCUACUCCUCCUAUCCAUAUUGUUCUUUGUUUCUCUCAUUUCUUUUUUGUUUUCUUUCCCUCUCCUCCUCCCUAUCCAUAUUGUUCUUUGUUUCUCUCAUUUCUUUUUGUUUUCUUUCCCUCUCCUCCUCCUAUCCAUAUUGUUCUUUGUUUCUCUCAUUUCUUUUUGUUUUCUUUCCCUCUCCUCCUCCUAUCCAUAUUAUGCUACAGUCCGUCAUCUGUCUUUUUUUUCUGUUUUUAUAUCUUAUCUCACUCUCGAUUUCUACUUAUUCGUUCACAUUCUCUUUCAUUCUUCUUGUCUUUUUAUCUUUAACUUUUCACCCUCUCUUUUCUUUCACUAUCCCCUGUCUUCUUGCUAUUCACUCUCUCUUUUCUUUCACUAUCCCCUGUCUUCUUGCUAUUCACUCUCUCUUUUCUUUCACUCUCUCUUUUCUUUCACUGUCUCCUUUCUUGCUAUUCACCCUCUCUUUUCUUUCACUGUCCCCUGUCUUCUUGCUAUUCCUCUCUCUUUUCUUUCCUGUCCCCUGUCUUCUUGCUAUUCACCCCUCUCUUUUCUUUCACUAUCCCCUGUCUUCUUGCUAUUCACCCUCUCUUUUCUUUCACUAUCCCUGUCUUCUUGCUAUUCACCCUCUCUUUUCUUUCCUGUCCCUGUCUUCUUGCUAUUCACCCUCUCUUUUCUUUCAUUAUCCCCUGUCUUCUUGCUAUUCACCCCUCUCUUUUCUUUCACUAUCCCCUGUCUUCUUGCUAUUCACCUCUCUUUUCUUUCACUAUCCCCCUGUCUUCUUGCUAUUCACCCCUCUCUUUUCUUUCACUAUCCCCUGUCUUCUUGCUAUUCACCCUCUCUUUUCUUUCACUGUCCCCUGUCUUCUUGCUAUUCACCCUCUCUUUUCUUUCACUAUCCCCUGUCUUCUUGCUAUUCACCCUCUCUUUUCUUUCACUAUCCCCUGUCUUCUUGCUAUUCACCCUCUCUUUUCUUUCACUAUCCCCUGUCUUCUUGCUAUUCACCCUAUCUUUUCUUUCACUAUCCCCUGUCUUCUUGCUAUUCACCCUAUCUUUGAUAUUCUUCCUAAUUUUCUAUUCUCGUAUUCUCUUUCUUUGUUUCUUCAUGUGUUUACUAUUUAUUUUUAUCAUUUUAACUUCAAUUCGCUCUAUUUCGAUUUUAUUAUCUCUCAAUUCCUUCCUUCCCUUUCUUUUCUUUAUACGUUCUUUUCCCUCAAUGUACUCCUUUUUCCUCCAUUAUUGCUCAUUUAUCUUUAA